UUGGAAAGCUGCAUACUUCCGGUGUUUCGCUGUUUGACACUUGAAGCUUGCAGUGGGCAUGCUCGUGUUUCGUCACACACUGAGACUGCGUUUGUACUGUAUCAUGAUCAUUAGAACAGUAAAACACCCGCUGCCUGCAUGCCGCCUGCCAUGCGCCUACCCCGUUAGACACUUCCAGUCGCACGCUGUCCAUUUGACACUCAGCUUCUCACCGCCUUCACCGUGCCCGCAUCUUUUGCAUCCCGUCAUAAAUAGCCUGGGCUUCUGCAUUCGUCACACAUAGCGACUGUCUACACCAUAUUCCUAGCUGUCGUAGUCAUGGCGCCUGGCAAGACAGCGCCACGGCUGCUCCAGGACCUUCUCACAUAUGAUCCGCACCGCGAAGACCGCGCAGGUCGCAACCUCUUGACCAGCGCCCCGCCCGAGCACACUCCGAAUCGAAACGGCAUCCCCGCAGUCCCUCGAGGGAACUGCAGACACGCGCUUGUGAAGAAGGAGGAGCAGUCCUUCCUGCCAGCGCCCGGCAACGAAGACAGUCUGGUGCACAAGGUCGCGUCUUACUGUACGCAAUGUCGCUGGCACAUCGACGUCAUUGUCUCCGUCAAAGAUCAAGCAGGCCGGCAAGCUUCCUGUGGGAGCCAGAACACGGAAUACCCGCUACACCACUUCGUCUUCGAUAGCGAUGGCAAGGGCGAGAGCAACGGGAUUGGCAGUCAGCAAGCUCCCCGGUCGUUCGGCUUCCAUUGCACAUCGCCCAAAUGCUCAACCUUGGUGCAAAUAGACCUCAAGCCGCCGCGCUUCACGGAGCACGACCAGCAGCUUAUGAUGAACAAGGCACAGCUGAGGAAGAGACAUCAGGAUGCCCAAGUGCUAAUAGGGCAGCGCGAGGGCGAAACCAUGGCACGACCUGUGGACGGGCCUGACUUCCUCGACACAUUCCUCAGAGACUCUCUUAACCCUGUCCCAGGUAAGACCCAAGUGCCUUUGAUGAACAGGAAAUUUGCAAAAACCUUCUGGAGAGACUGCGACUCGAUCUUGAAGAAAUUAGGCUUCCAAUACGUCGUCGAGGAAAGCGAGGAUGCGGAUGAGGGCAAGGUUGAAAAAUGGUGCCUUCCCAAGCCUGAAGCACAACAGGAUCCUUUCGAGCCGAAUUUGCGAACCAUCAUCGAUGACGCUCGGUUUGAGCUUAACAGCAUGAUUCAGGCCAUACCUGAGCCCGAACGUCUGAAAAUCAGACAGCAGCCGAUGUACCCUGUUCCUUCACAAGGCGACAUCGAGAGGAUUUUGGCUUGUCACGACUAUGACAAGGUUCCUGGGCGAACGCGCAGUACGAGCUCCACUGAGGAAGACCAUCCAAAUUAUGCCAGCCUUGGCGCGGUUGGAGAUUUUGUGGACCCACUCAUACGUUUUGCUUACAGGCGGCAGAGCGCCGUCGAUACGCCCAACGCGCCUUAUUACCUUGAAUGCUUCCAGGAGAUUGCCAUUGGGCGAAACAGCAAUAUGCUACAGUAUGAAGUCGCCAUGCUCGCUUCUCAAGAUGUUCCCAACAGACGCGAUUUGGAGAGUGCAUAUCGGUCCAUUGGGUUGGAUCCAGCUCACGGAACUACACUCAGCGACCAGUUCAUCAUCGACCAAGCUAGAUCUCGCCUACCUGACAUCUCCCCACCGCAGCGUCAAGAGUUGCGCAGAAAUCUACGGAUCAUCGGUGUUGCGCGCGACAGCGAAUCGAUCAAACGAGAAGCUAGCGAAUCGAUCGACACCUACGACGAGGCUCUAUCUUGGCUUGACCUCGAUCAAUCCCAACCUGACGACUUCAUUCGGACCAUGUUCACCAUCAAAACGAACGACGAUCCUUCGUGCAUUGAGUCUGCGCGAAAAGCAGUAUCCGUCAUCGCCGAACAUCGAAACAGCGACCGACUUCGACAAUUUCUGCACAAAGGAACGAUGCCUGAGGAAGAAAUGGGUCUGAGCGAAGCCUACGCGUUAUUCGACAUCUCAGCAAUGGACGACAGGAAGAAUGUCGACCUUUCCGUCCUACAGAGCAUGAUGGUCGUCGCACCGCCUAACGACGUCGCCAAGCUCGAGAAAGCAUUCGCCCUGGUUCAACACGACCAAGCUCAGAACUACGACAACAAGGACGAACAGCCCAAGGGGCCAGGCUCACGCGUGAACGACUUCCCCUUGGAGACUUGGCCUGUAGGCUGCCGCAACAACGGCAACACCUGCUAUCUGAACAGUGUCCUCCAGUUCCUGUUUACUAUCACGCCCUUACGCCAACUGGUUCUCAACUUCGAAGAGUACGAACAAGAUCCUUCACCAGAAGCGCUGAAGAACAAGAAAGUUGGUCGUGCCAUCGUCAUGCCGGAACGAGUGGUUACUGCUCAGAAGUUUGUGCGCGAGCUACAAAGCUUGUUCCAGGAGAUGAUCCGAGCACCCACAGACAACAUCCUGCCUACGAAGUAUCUUGCUGAACUAGCGUUAUGCAAGACGGACAGUCCAGAAGUUGAAGAAAAAUCCCCUGAUGCCGGAAGUCUGGCCAAGAAUGAGAUACCGAAUGGCACCGAGACCGCCUUGAUCGAAGCGAGCAAAGCAGUCGUUCCUGCCGCCGAUACGGUCAUGCGCGAAGACAACGACGCUAAUGAUGGUGAGGCAGAAGGUGACGGCUCUGCUCGAGCUGUGGACAGAUUGCCUGAAUCAAACGACAAGCCCCCACCUCCAACUCGACCACCUCCCAUCCCCCCUCGACCCAAAGCACAAGAACAGCAAAAGUCCAAGGACGACCACAUUGCCGAAAGUGCUAGACAGCAGGAUGCUGCCGAGGUCAUGGGAAACAUCAUGGACCUGAUCUCAUGUGCAAUCAAGCCAGACUCGAUCAUGCGUGAUGGCGAGCAGGCGGAUCUUAUCAAGGACCUCUUCUUCAGCGACGUAACAAUCGUACGGAAUACGAGGGACAAUGUCGAGAAGACAAAAGAGCUCAGGAACCACCACUUGAUCUCAGCAGGUGGGCGCGACCGUCACCUCUACGCAGCCCUCGACGAUGACUUCGGACUCAGUGAGCUUGAAGGCGGAGAGACCAAGUUUGAGUACAUUGAGCAGCCUGCCCCUUUCCAGAUUGUCAAUGUGCGCCGACUCCAAUUUAACAGAGAGAAGAAGCAACAGGUCCGCGAUACAGCUCAGCUCAGCCUGGACGACGUUCUCUACCUGGACAGAUACCUUGAGGCGACUAAGAGGCUACCUGGUGGUGAACUCCUACAAUUACGUCAAGCACAGUGGGCAAAGCAGCAAGAGCUCCAGCGCCUGGCAGCAAGAUGCAAAGUUCUACAGGUUACCGAGGUUCCAGACAUGGAUCUUGCCGAUGCUGUGGAGGAGACAGCAGCGUUCACAGAGGAUUUCUUCAAAGCUGUGGAGGAGCAGAUGUUUGACUCGUUGCCAACACCACCACCUGAAGAACUUCCGGCCAACUUGCAUGAACGAGCGACAGCUCUAAAGUCGGAGCUUGAAGAGAUCAAGACCUCCAUGAGCCAACUCGAGUCGGAAAUCGAUACCGUGUUCAGAGAGUACCGUGAUCACGGCUACCGUUUGCACGCCAUUUUCGUCCAUCGAGGUGGGACCGGCUCGGGUCAUUACUUGAUCUAUAUCAAAGACUUCCAAAAUAACACCUGGCGCGAGUAUAACGAUGAGACCGUGAAGCCGUACGCUGAGGAGGAUAUCUUCAAGAUCGGCCCCGGCGCUCUGGCUGCCGGCAGCACAGGCAUCGUAUUUGUUAGAGAGGAUCAUGCCGAGCGCAUGACCCAAGCAGUCGUUCGAGAGCCAUAUAUGACCAUGGCGGAGACUAUUACGACUGAGAGGGAACAUCAAGAUGUGGAGAUGACUGAUUUGCCUGCAUCGAAGAUCGAGUACGACAACGUUGAGGUCAUCGAAGGAUUGGAGAAGUCGUGAGCUUGUCCCUACACAAAGGGGCCAUGCCUUCUCUAUCGCUUUGCUAACUUAGAUGCUUCAGAGCUGAAACAGUCGAUGCGAUAGCCCGAGGAUCUUUGUCUUCGGUCGAGCAUCAACCGGCUAUAGCGCAGGAGAUGCGUGGCAGGAGUUCGAAGCGAAGCUGCUCUCGCACUGGGUCUCCGCCAAAGCGAGAGAGACUGGCUGAUCCAAUGAUGACCCCGUUUGCGGAUUGAACAACUGGUUCGGUGCGAGGAGUGCAGACACGGUCUGGCGUUCAUGGAGGUAUCUUCAGCGGCAUAGCAAGCGGCAUUCGUACUCACUUUUACGAUGAGAUGUCCUUUGGUCUACGGAUAUAUAGACUAUUUCGAACCAGAUCCUGUCAUCGGGUGAUUGAUUUCAGCCAUCCAGAG